UGAGACCUGGAAAGCUAGGAUGGCGUGAGCGUGCGCAAGAGGCGUUUCCUAGGCAACGCUCUGUGGGGCAGAUGGGCGGGCACCUAGAGGUGCCGGGCUGCGCGGGAGCAGUGGGUUCCCGCUUUACCACGUCUGACAGCCCGUCUGCGCCAGAGGAGACCAACCCUCCCACGAUAGUGGAUCUACCACCCAGAUGCUGAGAUGUUUCAUGGAACAAUCACAAAGGAGCUUACCAGCCAUGAGGAGUGGAGUCAUUAUAAUGAAAAUAUAGUAGAAGAUCAGAAAGACUUUGUUUUUGUGAAGUAUAAUGGCCUUCACCUGAAGUCCGUGGAGAACCUGCAGUCCUGCAUCUCUCUGAGGGUCUGCAUCUUCUCUAACAACUUUGUCACUGACAUUCAGCCACUGCAGGGCUGCAAAAAGCUCAUCAAACUUGAUCUCCAUGGAAACCAGAUAAAGACUCUUCCAGAUAGGACAUUUUGGAAUGGACUCAAGAACCUCAAACUCCUCUAUCUGCAUGACAAUGGGUUUGCCAAACUGAAGAACAUCUGUGUAUUGUCUGGUUGUGUAAACCUCGUAGGCCUGACCAUGUUUGACUGCCCGGUGAGCCUGAAGAAAGGCUACAGGCAUGUUCUUGUCAAUAGUAUCUGGCCUCUAAAAGCUCUGGACCACCACGUGAUAUCCGAUGAAGAAAUCAUUCAGAACUGGCAUCUUCCAGAGAGAUUUAAAACGUUCAGCCAAAGUCUAUUCUUUAACAUUUGCCCAGCACCGAUAAAGGGCACAACCUAUGAAGAUGAAAUAAAAAAUAUCAAGCAUAUAAUUUCAAGGAUCAAUGAAAUCCUGGCUCAUAACUCACCGGUAUUGAUCAUCCAGAGGUGGAUCCGCGGUUUCAUAGUUAGGAAACACUUAAGCCCCUAUUUUACACGUAAAAGGCAUCACGACAGAAUGAUUAGGGUACUUGAAACAAAAUUGAUCUGCAUAGGUAGAAAUAACGAAGACAAAUUCUUGGAGGAUAUCUUCCUUAUCAAGCCUGAAUCUAAUAUGAAAGGGAAGGUCGCACACUGGAAACAAAUGAGAUAUUCUCCUGAUGACUUUAAAUAUUCUACUGAGUACAGAAAACACAUUUCCUGUCUUUCAUAUGAGUUGAAAACAAAAGAUAUUGUUGGAAAUUCAAAACAACCAAGACAUCACAUUCAGAAAGGUCAGAACGAGAUGAAAUCUGAUUCUGAGGAUGAGGAAGUGGACACCAAGUUUAGGAUAUCUGCGAUGAAGAUCCCUCUAUACCCUUCCAGAUCACUCAAGUACGGGGCAAUGCUGAAGGAGAUAAAAUGGGACUACUUCCCGGAAUAUCUCCAGCCACUCCCUGCCACUCGUCCAAAGCCACAAGUUAAAAGAGAGACUCAUGAGGAGCUGAGGGAAAGGAGACAUUUUCUAGCCUCACAGAGGGCUGGCAUGGAUCUCCACUUGUUCAAUGAUAUUGAUAAAUAUUACUCAGAGCAAAGGCAGCAAGAGGAAGAAGCAAGAAAAUUUGCAGCCACAGCUGCAGCACAAGUUGCCCAGGAAAGAGCUAGGCUCAACACUAGUGAAAAUUUAAGGAAGAAGAUUUCUAUGGCAAGAAAACUAAUGCAAAAGGAUAAUGAGACAAUCCAGAAAGGCUUACGGCACAUCUGGAAGGAGAGACUCAACUACCUGGAAAAGGUUAGAGAGCGGAAGUCCAUGUUUCUAGCUGAAAAAAAACUGAAUGCUGCAGAGCAGUCUUUAGUUCUUUCCCUCAACAAUGAGAGGUCCAUUCUGCUCAGAGGAAUCAUUGAAGUUGACAAACUGAAGCGAGACUUGUCUGAAAUGAAAGCAAAGCACUUCGAUGUUAUUGAGAAACGGGAAGAACAAAAACACAAGCAGAAUUUGUUGACGGAGAUGAAGAAGCUAAGGGCGGAGAAAAUCCAUAAAAGGCACUGUGAAGAGAGAUUUGUCAUUGAUGCGCUCAUCUUUCAAAAAGGCUGUGAAAGACUUGAGGAGGCUAAAGCGAAAGUUGAAUUUAUUAAGACAUAUUACACGUCCAAAUCUCACAAAAAAUAUCAUAAUAAAACAAUGCUCAGUCACAUCUGAUGACAGUUGAGUUGUGAUCACUAACGGAUCUUGGGAUCAUACUUGGAAGACAUGCUCCACACAAGGCAGAUCUGGUGAUGACCAUGCUGCGGAUCAGAGAGAAGACACUCCCUAGUGUUUCCGGUACUGAGCAUAAUUCAAAUCCUAUUGACUUUGCACUCCUAAGGGUCACUAUGUAUCUAUGUGCCCAAGAGGGAAUCAAAACUGUAUGACUUCAUACAAAACUCUUCCAAAGA